CCUCUAACCUGCUCAACCGUGGUCGCCUCUGACGAGGGAAGGUUCAACCACGCCAGAUUGCACAACCCUACAUUACCUGAGCUGUGUCAUGUUGAUCUUGGUAAUGCUCACAUUUGCUAUAGAUAUGAGCUGUGAUGCUGGGUGUGCUACUAUACUUGGCCCCACGAUGGGAGGCGAGCCGGUGCAAAUCUUGCGUGUCGAGGACGGCAAAAGCAUCGUGUUCAAUGAGCGAGUGCUCAAAGAAGUCCUCUUGGCUGCUCGCGUCAAGGACCGCCCUGUUGUGGUGGUUUCGAUUGCUGGCGCAUAUCGGCAGGGAAAGUCGUUCCUUCUCAACUUCUUACUGACUUACCUCAGGAACAAUGGUCGACCGAGCUGGAUCGAAGACAAAACCACCCCACUCAGUGGCUUCAACUGGAGGCCUGGCAGUACUCGUGAGACAACUGGCAUCCUGCUUUGGAAUGAAGUGUUUCUGAUGACCAACUUGAAGGGGGAAGAGGUGGCUGUUCUGCUGAUGGACACCCAAGGGACCUUCGAUUGCGAGUCGACAACUAAAGAGAGCACCAUGAUAUUCUCGCUCUCCAUGAUGAUCAGCUCUGUGCAGAUUUACAACAUAAUUAACAACAUCAAGGAGGACGAUCUCCAACACCUUCAAUUUUUCGCCGAGUACGGCAGACUCGCUCAAAAGGACAAUCAAACACAAGCUUUCCAAAAGCUCCUGUUCUUGGUACGAGACUGGAACUGGGGGCAUGAGCAUGAACACGGUUACAGUGGUGGCAAAUCUUUGGCGGGCCGUCUAAAAACAACAGAUGGACAAGAUGCAGAGCUGAAGGCAGUGCGGCAGAACAUCUUGUCUUGCUUUUCGGACAUCGACUGCUUUCUGAUGCCCCACCCAGGAAGAAAGGUAGUGGCAGAUAAGUCCUUCGAUGGUCGUCUUGAGGAUAUCGAAGAAGAAUUUCGAGAGAAACUUCGAGAACUUGUUCUGUCUAUCUUGGCACCAGAAAAUCUCUUGGUGAAGGAGAUUAACGGUCGUCCGUUAUCGUGCCAUGAUCUUCUGAUCUUCUUUAAGGCUCAUGUGGACGUCUUCAAAGGAGGCGAUUUGCCGAAUCCGACGUCCAUGCUGAUGGCGUCUGCAAACGCAACCAACAUGGCCGCCGUGGACAAAGCCACAAAGCGUUAUAUUUCGGGCAUGACGAAUAGACCUCGCAGAAAUCUGGACCAGCUACGUGAGUUUCACUUGGGGUUGCUGGCCGAGGCAGUGAAAGUGUUCGACGAGUCUCCGAAGAUGGGCGGUGAGACAAUGUCAUCCCCAUCCAAGGAUCUUCUUACAAAGGAACUUGAAGAACUCUACCGUCACUUCUAUGAGGAAGAGAAAGAGCUCAUCAGAAUCGAGAUGGAGGCGGAAGAUAAGAGAGAGAGGGAAAGGCAGGAGGAGAAGAAAAGGGAAGAACAGAGGCAAAAAGAGCGAAUCGCGGAGAAAGAAAGGUCGGAAGCAAGGGAAAAAGAAAUACAAAAAGAGAGGGAGGCAUUCAAAGAUAAGGAAACGGCUUUUCAGGCACAAGAGGCCGCAAGCAAGGCGAAGCUGGAAAAGCUGACCGAAGAGAUGGCUCUGGAGAGAAAACAAGCCAGAGAAACUGAAGAGAAAAUUACCAGGGAGAUGCGGGCAAAGGACGCAGAAAUAGAAAGCUUGAGGAAGAGUAUUGGGAAAAAAGAGAUAUUUUUAGAAGUCAUCAAAUUUUCGACCGUGCUCGCACACUGUGGGACAGCCGGUCUGCAGUUCGCCCAAGGUUUCACGCCGGCGGCGGUCGCUCCAGCAGGUAAGUCACUUGUGCAACCCUUGGCUCUUCUGGACAUGAUGCGGCACUUCUCGAAGAAGUAGGAGAUUCAGCAGCAGCGCUGCCAACAGCAGCAUGACUUCAAGACUUCCUUCGGGAAAUCUGCAGCAUGGCUGCUAAAGGGCAACUGUAGACACACGUGACCCUCGAUUCCUUGUGCGAGCAAUCAUUUUUUUUACUGUUAUACAGAUGGCAGCACAAAUAUUCGAGCACGGAAACGAUCAAAUCUUGGCGUAUUAUUCAAGUAUUAUAUCUAUAAUAAAAAGUAAUAGAAUGCAGAA